GAUUGCUGCUCGUGCCCUUCACUGCAUAAUCUUCAUUUCCGCUUAUUUCUCCAAUGGCCUCUCUAAUGGCUUCCCAAACCCUUCUCCUCAGAACCCCAAACCCCACCCUCUAUGCACCCCACUGCACUCCACUCCCCUCUUUCCAUGUCUCCCUCCCCACCUUCUCUCCGGCCAAAUCCCACCGCCUGCGCCUCCGCUUUCGCCGCGACGCAAAACUCGCCAUCUCCGCCUCCACCACCACUCCCACAACUCCCUUCACCGAUUCCACUCGCACCGUGUCCGCAAUUUUGUCUUCAGCUCUCGCAGUUUCCAAAGUAUUCAUCGCCAAAAUCCAAGAUAUUUUUCUCAAUUUGAAGCAAAUUGAUUUUACUCCUAACCCCGAAGAGCUCGCUGCAAUUCGUGACCUCCGGAGCAGCGUGGUCUGUGCGGUGGGACCGCUGUUUUUCGCCGCCGCUCGGGACCGCCCCAGUGGCUACUUGAACACCCCACUCACGGUGGUCGCGGCGGGGAUGGCCAAGUGGCUGGAUAUAUACAGUGGUGUGUUGAUGGUUAGGGUUUUGCUCAGUUGGUUCCCGAACAUUCCAUGGGACCGGCAACCGCUGUCGGCAAUUCGGGACUUGUGCGAUCCCUAUUUGAAUCUUUUCCGGAAUAUCAUUCCGCCGGUGUUCGAUACAUUGGAUGUCAGCCCCUUGUUGGCGUUUGCGGUUUUGGGUACGCUUGGUUCAAUUCUGAAUAAUAGUAGGGGAAUGUAUUGAUGAAAUUGCUGAGUGAAGUUUUUCUCAUUUCAACUGAGAAAUGUAUUGGAUUAAAUCAACUGGGAUUGUGAUUUUGUUGUCAUCCUAUGCUUAUGUGGGUUGAUUUUUGGUAGAAGAUAUACCGAUACUAGUUUUGGGCCAAACGUGUUACAUUCAUAGUUUACAGUAUUGACUGUUGAAUGAGAUGACUGUGGAAUGGGAUUUCUAUAUUUUUUUAAUUGAUAUUUUUAGUUCGAUUUUGAUUA